AUGGUUAAAGUCGACCAGAAAGCUGUUCUAGUUGUCAUAGACGGCUGGGGCAUUCCCAGCGAGACUUCCCCCAAGAAUGGCGACGCCAUCGCUGCCGCCGAGACACCUAUCAUGGACUCCUUCGCUGCCGAAGGCUCUAAAACCGCACAAGGCUACACCGAGCUCGAAGCUUCUUCCCUUGCCGUCGGGCUACCUGAAGGUCUGAUGGGCAAUUCUGAAGUCGGACAUCUAAAUCUUGGUGCUGGCCGCGUUGUCUGGCAAGAUGUGGUACGGAUUGACCAGACACUCAAGAAGGGAGAAUUGAACAAGAUCAAGACUAUCCAAGAGAGUUUUAACAGAGCGAAGAACGGCAGUGGCAGGCUACAUCUACUCGGUUUGAUCAGUGAUGGCGGUGUGCAUAGCCAUAUCAACCACUUGUUUGGCCUUCUUCAGGUGGCCAAAGAGGUCGGUGUGCCAAAGGUCAUCAUUCACUUCUUUGGCGAUGGCAGGGAUACUGACCCCAAGAGCGGCGCCGGCUACAUGCAGCAGCUUCUCGACAAGUGCAAAGAGAUGGGUAUUGGAGAGAUUGGGACGGUGGUGGGCAGGUACUACAUCAUGGAUCGGGACAAGAGAUGGGACCGUGUUGAGAUUGGCAUGAAAGGCGUCGUCUUGGGUGAAGGCGAAGAGUCAAGCGAUCCGGUCAAGACUAUCAAAGAAAGAUAUGCCAAAAACGAGAACGACGAGUUCUUGAAACCGAUCAUUGUUGGUGGAAAGGAGAACCGGGUUCAGGAUGAUGACACACUCUUCUUCUUCAACUACCGCUCGGAUCGAGUUCGAGAAGUCACCCAGCUGCUUGGAGACAUCGAUCGCUCGCCGAAACCAGGUUUCCCAUAUCCGAAAAACAUUCACAUCACCACGAUGACCCAGUACAAGACGGAUUACCCCUUUCCCAUCGCUUUCCCGCCUCAACGAAUGGAUGAUGUGCUCGCAGAAUGGCUGGGAAAGCAGGAUAUCAAGCAAUGCCAUGUUGCUGAAACCGAGAAAUAUGCGCACGUCACCUUCUUCUUCAACGGUGGGGUCGAGAAGCAAUUUAAAGGCGAGGACAGAGAAUUGAUCCCCUCUCCUAAAGUUGCGACCUAUGACCUUGACCCGAAGAUGAGCGCUGCAGGCGUCGCCGAUAGACUUUGCGAAAGGAUUGGCGAUGGCAAGUACGGGUUUUUGAUGAACAACUUCGCUCCACCGGAUAUGGUCGGUCACACUGGCGUCUAUGAGGCUGCUAUCAAGGGUUGCGAGGCCACCGACAAGGCCAUUGGCCAAGUGUAUGAGAAAUGCAAGAAGGAAGGAUAUGUCCUCUUUGUGACGGCUGAUCACGGAAACGCCGAAGAAAUGUUGAAUGAACAGGGGACCCCCAAGACCUCACAUACCACGAAUAAGGUGCCCUUCGUUAUGGCUAACGCGCCGGAAGGUUGGAGUCUGAAGAAGGAAGACGGCGUUCUGGGAGAUGUGGCGCCCACAGUGCUUGCUGUGAUGGGCGUGGAGCAGCCAGAGGAUAUGACUGGGACAAGUUUGUUGAUCAAAUAG